CAAUUGUGAACAGAUCAGUUCCAGAUGUCUGUGCCACUUGCCACAUUCAUGCAACAUGUCAUCAAACUGAGGGAAAAAGCGUCUGCAUCUGUAACUAUGGGUUUGUAGGCAAUGGAAGAACCCAUUGUCAAGAUAAAGACGAGUGUCAGAUCGGAGCCAGCAAGAUCUGUGGAAAUCAUACACUGUGCCAUAAUACACAUGGAAGUUUUUAUUGUGUUUGCCUUGAUGGAUACCGAGCCUCCAAUAACAACAAAACAUUUAUUCCUAAUGAUGGCACAAACUGUACAGAUAUAGACGAAUGUGAGGAUUCUGGACUGUGUGGUCACAAUGCAAGAUGUGUGAAUACUGAAGGAAGCUAUAAGUGUUACUGCAAGGAUGGUUAUAAAUUAGAAAAUGGAGAGAGUUCUUUUCAUCCAGAUGGGAACGUGGGUUCAUGCAAAGAGGUUGGAUGUGGCUCCCCUCCUGAAAUGAAGCAUGGCUACAUAGUGGGGAACUACAGCUUGCUACCAGGAAGUGCAGUUCAUUAUGAAUGUGAAGAGGGGUUCUACAGUGACAAGGGAAAUUUCUCAUAUUGCACUGCUAAUGAAACUUGGGAACCUGCCACUUUAAGCUGUCAAGAAAUAGACUGUGGCAAACCUUUGCUGAUACCACACACAGAAAUGAUCUGGGACAACUCUACCACUCCAUGGAGCAGAGUGUACUAUCAGUGUAAAGAAGGAUAUUAUUUCAAUGGAGGCAGGAAUUUCUCAGAGUGCACAAGAGACCGGUCGUGGGAGAAUAUUACGUACAUAUGCAAAGAGGAGGAAUUACUCAGUAAUUUGUCCAUAUUCAAUGAAACAUGUGUGAAGUGGCAAAGGAAGACAGGAAGACUGGGAGUGCAGGAAACUUACACGUUUCAUAUACUGGGUCAAAGAUGGGAUGAGAAGACGUUUUCAGAAGAUGCAGUAUUUAACAUCACUACCAGUGAAGAUAAUCCAAAGGUGUGUUUAGAUCUCAACUCUGGCAGUAACUAUGUGGUGAAUAUUACUACCAUCUCUUCUGCAAACGUCACUGUCUCGGUUACAGUAGCAGUUCAAACAAAGGUAAAGGAAGCUUUCAAUAAUGUAUUAAUUUUUAAUGAUACCUGCUUGAAAUGGUGGAGAAAUGUCAGGGGAACUGAUGAGAAAGACAGAUACUCAUUUCAUGUGCAAGGCCACCGCUGGUAUCAGAAGGAGUUCUUCCAUGAAAUGACUUUUGAACUUGCCACACACAAGCAGGCUCCAGAAGUUUGUUUUGAUUUGCAGCCAGGCACCAAUUACUCUGUUAAUAUUUCCAUGGUAGCUUUGAAUUUUUCUCUGCUUGUUUCCAUGACAACACGAAUCACAG